CUCUCUCUCUCUCUCUCUCUCUCUCUCUCUCUCUCUCUCUCUCUCUUUGUCUCUUGUUCUCUGAAGUUCCUCGUUCUCUCUCUUUCUCUGUCUCUCUGUAAGUGUGUGAGUUCAGGAAAAUGGCUGAGGCCAGUAUUUCAGUAGAUCAGGACCGGUUCAUCUGUCCAGUGUGUCUGGAUCUCCUGAAGGAUCCGGUGACGAUCCCCUGUGGUCACAGUUUCUGUAAGGUGUGUAUUAAUGACUGCUGGGAUCAGGAGGAUCAGAAGGGUGUCUACAGAUGUCCUCAGUGCAGAGACACUUUCACUCCGAGGCCUGUUCUACGCAGAAACAACAUGCUGGCUGAAGUGGUGGAGAAACUGAAGAAGACUGAAGUCCAAGCUGCUUCUCCUGCUCACUGUUACGCUGGACCUGGAGAUGUGGAGUGUGAUUUCUGCACCGUGAGAAAACGCAAAGCCGUCAAGUCCUGUCUGAUGUGUCUGGCUUCUUCUUGCGAAGCUCAUCUGAAACCUCACUAUGAAGUUCCUGCUUUGAAAAAGCACAAGCUGGUUGAAGCCAUAACACAGCUAAAUGCGAACAUCUGCUCCCAACACGACAGACUGAUCGACAUCUACUGUCAUACUGACAAACGCUGCGUCUGUUAUAUCUGCACUGUAGAUGGACACAAAGGUCAUGACACCGUCCCAGCCGCAGUGGAACGAUCUAAGAAGCAGUAUGAGGUAACAGAAGUGCAGAGGAAAUCCCAGCAGAGAAUCCGUGAGAAGCAGAAGAAGGUGCAGGAGCUGAAACAGGCUGUGAACACUAUAAAGUCACGUGCGCAGACAGCAGUGGAGGACAGUGAGAUAAUAUUUACUGAGAUGAUCAGCUCCAUGGAGAAAAGGCGCUCGGAGGUGACGGAGCGGAUCAGAGCUCAGGAGAAGGCUGAACUGAGUCGAGCUGAACGACUCCUGGAGCAACUGGAGCAGGAGAUCGCUGAUCUUCAGAGGAGAGACACUGAGCUGGAGCAGCUUUCACACACACACGAUCACGUCCAGUUCUUCCAGUGUUUCCAGUCCCUCUGUGACCCUUCUGGAUGUAAAGAGUCACAGAGAUUUACCGUCAAUCAUCAGAUCUCAUUUGAGAGAGUAAAAAAUUCUCUGUUUUGGCUGAAAAAACAACUUGAGGAAUUCUGCAAUAGUGAAUUCAACAAAAUCCAUCCACAUGUUGCAGCAGUUCAGCUGAUUUUACACUCAGAGCCAAGGACCAGAGACGAGUUUAUGAACCAUUUCUGUCGUCUGACUCUGGAUCCAUACACAGCACAUCGUAACCUCCUUCUGUCUGAGAGAAACACCGUCGUCACAGGCUGUGAGACGGAACAGCCGUGCUAUCUACGUUCCUCAGAGAGAUAUUACUGCGGUUUAGCUAUGCCUUCAGAGAGAUUUGACUACUACUGGCAGGUGUUGUGUAAUGAAAGUCUCAGGGAUUGCUGUUACUGGGAGGUGGAGCGGGUCAAUGAGGGAUAUUUAGAAAUAUCAGUCUCGUAUAAAGACAUCAGCAGGACAGGAGAUGGUAAAGAGUGUGGGUUUGGAUUCAACGACCGGUCCUGGAGUCUGGUGUGUUCUUCUUCCACUUGCUAUUUCUGUCACAAGAACAAGAAGACUGAGCUCAAAGUCCGAUCGCCUUCUAAAGUAGGAGUGUACGUCGAUAGUCGUGCAGGAAUCCUGUCCUUCUACAACGUCUGUGGCACGAUGACACUUCUCUACAGAACUCGCACCAAAUUCUCUCAGCCGCUAUACGCCGGCUUCAGGGUUGGUUUGAAAUCAACCAUGAAGUUAUGUAAUCAGUCUUGUUACUACUGAGACCAGAUUUCCAUUUUUAAUCCAUUUGAUCCAUUUUUACAGUUAACCAGCACGUGCAUGUUUCAAACAUUGUAUUCAUGAAUUAAGUAUUACAUCUAUUUGAAUAAAUGUAUAACCCAUCGAAAGGAGCUACAUAUUCGCGUCGAUAAAUACAAAUGACGAAUUAAACAUACACAUAUUUAUAGAAAUUCUUAAUCUCGUAAGAAUACUGACCAAACAGCGACACGAAGCAUUUCCUGGUCACUAACUUCCACAGUUUAAUACGUACAAUUGAACAGAAUAUUUGUAUAAGCCAUUAAAAAAAACACUUCGAGACAUGCUGUUAUAGAAAACGAUGGCGUGGACUGAUGGAGUGGAGAACUACCCUGAAGUUGAUGACUUUCCUAUAACAGCACGUCCAUGAGUAUUUUAUUCCUCAUAUUCAAACGUUUUCAUGUUUGCUUGUUACUGAGAAAGUGUAAUUGUUUCUGUCCUGACACUGGAGACUCCUUCCACAAAUAAACGUCUAACCUUAACAACAA